GGCGGGCGGGGCCGCCGGCCCCUGGUUCUGGCGCCAUGAAGCUGCACUGCGAGGUCGAGGUGGUCAGUCGGCACUUGCCGUGCUUGGGCCUGAGGAACCGGGGUAAGGGCGUCCGGGCCGUGCUGAGCGUCUGCCAGCAGACGCCCGACAGUCGGGCGCGGGCCCGGGCGGGGGGCGAGCGGGGCGGCCCGCGCCCCGCCUGCCUGCUCAUCGCCACCCUGAAGGACAGGCGCGGGACCAGCUAUGAGCUGAAGGAGAACAUCGAGCAGUUCUUCACCAAAUUUAUGGAUGAGGGGAAAGCUACUGUUCGGUUAAAGAAACCUCCUGUGGAUAUCUGUUUAAGUAAGGCCAAUUCCAGCAGUUUAAAGGGUUUCCUUUCAGCCUUGCAACUGGCUCAUAAAGGCUCUGAUGUUGAGGCACGACUUUCAAUCCCCACGCCCGUGAAGACUUCAGAAUUUGAUAAAUUUAAAACUAAAAUGGCUAUCACAUCCAAAAAGGACUAUCCUCUAAGCAAGAACUUCCCAUAUUCUUUGGAACAUCUUCAGGCUUCUUAUUGUAAACUUGUUCGAGUUGAUAUGCGUAUUCUUUGCUUAAAAAAUCUUAGGAAAUUAGACUUGAGUCACAACCAUAUAAAAAAGCUUCCAGCUACAAUUGGAGACCUCAUCCAUCUUCAAGUACUUAACCUGAAUGACAAUCACUUGGAGUCAUUUAGUGUAGCAUUGUGUCAAUCUACACUCCAGAAGUCACUUCAAAGUUUGGAUCUCAGCAAGAAUAAAAUCAAGGCACUCCCUGUGCAGUUUUGCCAGCUUCGAGAACUUACAGAUUUAAAACUUGAUGAUAAUGAAUUGAUAAGAUUUCCUUUCAAAAUAGGACAACUGACAAACUUGCGUCUUUUGUCAGCAGCGCGAAAUAAGCUUCCAUUUUUGCCUAGUGAGUUUAAAAAUUUAUCCCUUGAGUACUUGGAUCUUUUUGGAAAUACUUUUGAACAACCAAAAUUCCUUCCAGUUAUAAAGCUGCAAUUGCCACUAACUUUGUUGGAGUCUUCAGCACGAACCAUAUUAUAUCAUAGGUUACCGUAUGGCUCACAUGUCAUACCUUUCCAUCUUUGCCAAGAUUUGGAUACUGCAAAAACCUGUGUUUGUGGAAGAUUCUGUCUAAACAGUUUUAUUCAAGGGACUACCACCAUGAAUCUACACUCUGUUGCUCACACUGUGGUCUUAGUAGAUAAUAUGGAUGGUACUGAAGCACCUGUUACCUCUUACUUCUGUUCUCUAGCCUGUUAUGUAAAUUCUUCUGAUAUGUUGAAGUAAAUAAGUGAUAGCACAAAAAGAAAUUCCAUUUAGUUAUAGAUCAUUUUUGGAUUCAGUGAUGGUUUAACAAUGUCAAUUUGGAAAAAAGGGAAGAAUGUGUUCUUUUAACAUCAAUUAUUUGACUGUAAAAUCUUUACUUGAUUAAAUCCUAAUUAAUUUUGUUGUGGAGUUAACUUUUUAUGAGUUUAUUGCACAUAUGUUGUUUUCAGAAUGGGGUGAGAUUAUGUUAAUGUUAAACAGAUACUGACCCCAAUCAUUGUAAUCAGAAUUUUCUUACCAACUUGCACUUCAGCUAGAGAAAUUGAGAUUGUGUGUACGGGAAAAUAUACCUUGGAGAGCAAAUAUGGACUAAAUUGUAGUGAAUACUUGCUUAAUAUGUACAUGUUUUAAACAAACUGCUAAGAUACAUCGUUAUGAAGAAUUUUAUAUUCAGCAAGCAGGAAGGAGUUACUUUGGAAGACUUCAGCUUUCAUAAAUUUUAUGUUAAUCACAUUAUCUUUACUGUGAUUUCUAAAUUAUUUAAUUCUUAGUGUUGGGAAUAAGCCUCUAGGGAUUUUUAUGUGUUAUGCUCUUUUUAUGUUUAUUUUUGCCACUUAGUAUUUUUUUUUUUUUUUAAAUUUAAAAACUGCUGGCAAUACACCAGCUAUAGGAUGGUGAGAAUUUGAAGUAGACCAGAAGGAAUAGAAAAGGAACUAACUUGAAAAAAUUGUUAAAAGUGGAAUCUGAACCCUUCCAUUCUGAUUAUUCUCAUUACUCUUGAGAUCAGCCUUUACUCUGUCAUUGCAAUACUCUCAUAACUGGUUUCUGGGAACAAAGGAGAGGAAAGUCAAUUAACUGGAAAAAACCCUCUCCACUAUUAACUAUUUUGAGCUUGUAAGCAGGGGUGGGGAUUUGAAUUAAGACUAUUUCUUAUAACUUAGAUAACUACUACUUUCUUUUGUCUUUCUAAAAUGUUUGGUGCAUAUUAUUUUUUAAGAUUUAUUUAUGCAUACAAGAACUGGGGUACAGGCCAGAGGUGUAUGGGGUGAGAGGAUUCAUCUAAGAUGGAGUGGGGAACAGAACAGGCAGAUCCACUGAAAUACACUGCUGAGGGGAGCAGCAGUUGAGUCAGGAGAGGUCUGUUGCGCCAUUUGGGUUAGCUCCCUAGCCAGGGGAUAGAACUCGUGCUGCAGUGGCUGUGGAUAACUUCAUAGUGCUGAGUGAGACCUAACCCCUAAGCCACUAGGGAGGCCCAUUUUUUGAAAAUUUUAAUUUGCCUGACUAAGCAUAGUUUUAAAUGUUGAGUAUUUUUAUUAAAAUUUUAUUCAAUAUAUGAGCUCAAAAAGUUUUUUCCCAGAGUGGAUCCUCUAAGAGAUGAGAGAGUGGUCCAGAGUAGUAUUUCUUUAGGUAACUAAUGUUCAGUUAAAUUCUUCCUACGAAAUAAUUCUAUAUUCUAAUUUUUCACUUAAAAUAAUGCCAACAUGCCUUAAAUCUUACUUUUUAGAACAUCUUAAAUUUUGAAUCCUUCCUUUAGUUACCUAGACCACUUAGUGAUUAAGAACCUGUAGAAAAUAAUUGCCGCAAGCGAAUGCCAGACCAGGUGAUGUGUCAAUUUUCCAGAGUCCUGCUUUUGGCCUACACUGCUUGGGGUAUCUGCUGACAGCUGAUGUAAUCAAUCACGGCAGAUUUUAGUCCACAGGUUGUUUUUCCCCAUUUUCUUUAUAUAUUCAAUUCUCAGUUGUUGUUUUUUUUUUUUUUUAAAUCAUCCUUACUGUUCAGCUAGAUCAACCCGAAAAGAGGUGCUGGGGCUGAGGGUCAGUCACCAGUGCUAGGAAGGGCUGGAUAACUUGGUCACUUUUGGUUCCUGGCUUCCAGUUUUCAGCAAACAGAACUGCCCCUUUUCAUUGGUGUUUGGAUGACAUAUCUUUGUUUCAAAUGUGAUCUGGGGUGGUUUAAAUAGGUACUCUGCUGGAAAGUUGAUUUCAAUUCUGAAGACUCUUUUAUAUGGAGGGUUGUCAAACAGUAAUACCUUGCCAAGUCAAUGAAUUAGCUUUAACCUGGAUGUUGUGCAAAUUUUUCGUUGUACAUUUGCAGAUUUCCUCAAGCUUCUGCCUCCUACCGCCUGCCAUUUUGGAUCGGGUGCUGCUCGCCUUAAAUUUAAAAGCUGCCUACUUUAUCCAAGGUUUUUUUGUUUUGUUUUGUUUUGUUUUAAAGAUUUAUUUAUUAUGCAUACAAGAACUGGGCCAGAAAUGCAGGGGAUGAGAGGAUUCACCAGAGACAGAGUGGGGAGCAGAACAGGCAGAUUGACUUAAAUACACUGCUGAGGGGAGCAGCUGGCAAGCCAGGAGAAGUCUGCUGCACAAUGUGGGUUGCUCCCUGGCUGGAGAUCGAACUCAUGCUGCAGAGGCUGCGGAUUGCUUCAUAGUGCGGUGCUUAACCCCUUGCGCCACCAGGGAGGCCCUGUCCAAGGUUUUAUAUAUAGUUUAAUCCUCAUAAAUCAUCCUCAGGGGGAGGUGCCAUGAACUGAGAUCAGGGAGUUUUAGCCCAGGUUUUGUCUGCUUUGUAAAGGUAGUUCACUUGGUUUUUAAAGAUUUAUUUAUUUAUACAUACAAGAACUGUGGUGUACGCCAGAGUUGUGGGGGGUGAGAGGAUUCACAAAAGACAGAGUGGGAAACAGAACAGGAAGAUCAACUGAAAUACACUGCUGAGGGGAGCAGCGGGCAAACCAGGAGAGGUCAGCUGCGCCAUGUGGGUAGCUCCCUGGCUGGAGAUCGAACUUGUGCUGCAGUGGCUGCAGUGCGCUUCAUAGGUUGCAUCUUAACCCCUUACGCCACCAGGGAGGGCCUCACUUGGUUUUUAAAAACUGAGAGUUCUCUUAGGGCUAUUUAGAUUCUUCAAUUACUGAGGAAUUGCCCAUGAUUAUUAAAAAUCCACUACAUUAAAAUGUGUUUAAAGGGCCUCCCCUGGUGGCGCAGGCGGUUGAGUGCAGCAUUGUGAAGCUGUCUGCGGCCUCUGCAGCGCUGGUUUGAUCCCAGCCAGCCGGCGAGGGUGCCUCACGGUGUGGCAGACCUCUCCUGUAGCGCCCACUGCUCCCUUCAGCAGUGUAUUUCGUCAGUCUGCCUGUUCUGUUCCCCACUGUCUCUGGUGAAUCCUCUCACCCUCCCACGCAUCCGGUCUGUACCCCAGUUCUUGUAUAAAUAAAUCUUUAAAAAAAAUAAAAUGUGUUUAAGAAGUGAUUACCUUUAUUUUAUUUUUUUUUUUUUUGUGGGACCCUUGCCGGCGGCCGGGGAAUGAACCGGCGCUGCAGAGGCUGGGGCAGCCUCACAGCCCAGCGCCUUGCAGCCCAGCGCUCAACUGCUGCGCCACGAGGGGAGGCCCCACCUGUGACACAUUUGAAAGUUAACUUGUGCACAUCUGAUUCUUACAUGUUAUUAUAGUAAAACCUUUUCAUCAAAAAUGUAGAUUAGUCUAUGUUGGAAUAACUAUAAACCAAAUUACUCCUAUAC